GGUCCUUCUCCACUACUACUUCCGGGUCGCGGGGAGACUGCAAGUUCCGCUUCCGGCGUGCUGGUACCGGGAAAGUGCCGGUUCCGUUACCCAGGAUAUUGCUGGCAGUAAUACUGAACAUAUGCUUCAAGGAUGUCUCUGUCUCUUAUAAUAAAAUGGGGUGGACAGGAAUAUUCUAUAACCUCAUUAUCAGAAGAUGAUACAGUGUUAGAUCUUAAACAAUCUCUCAAAGGCCUUACAGGAGUGCUACCAGAGCGCCAAAAGCUGCUUGGACUUAAAAUGAAAGGCAAACCUGCAGACAAUGAUGUUAAGCUCGGAGCUCUCAAACUGAAACCAAAUACUAAAAUCAUGAUGAUGGGAACUCGUGAAGAGAGUUUGGAGGAUGUCCUUGGACCACCCCCUGACAAUGAUGAUGUAGUCAAUGACUUUGAUAUUGAGGAAGAAGUUGUUGAAGUAGAAAAUAGGGAAGAAAACCUACUAAAAAUUUCCCGGAGAGUCAAAGAGUACAAAGUGGAAAUUCUGAAUCCUCCUAGGGAAGGGAAAAAGCUGUUGGUACUAGAUGUUGAUUACACACUGUUUGACCAUAGGUCAUGUGCAGAAACCGGGGUAGAGUUAAUGAGGCCAUACCUUCAUGAAUUCCUGACAUCUGCAUAUGAAGAUUAUGAUAUUGUAAUUUGGUCUGCUACUAAUAUGAAGUGGAUUGAAGCUAAAAUGAAAGAGCUGGGAGUGAGUACAAAUGCAAACUACAAGAUAACCUUCAUGUUGGACAGUGCUGCCAUGAUAACGGUGCACACUCCAAGGAGAGGACUAAUAGAUGUGAAACCUCUUGGUGUUAUAUGGGGCAAAUUUUCAGAGUUUUACAACAAGAAAAAUACUAUCAUGUUUGAUGAUAUUGGACGAAACUUUCUAAUGAACCCACAAAAUGGACUAAAGAUAAGACCCUUUAUGAAAGCACAUUUAAAUCGGGAUAAAGACAAGGAGCUUUUAAAGCUUACUCAGUACCUCAAAGAAAUAGCAAAAUUAGAUGACUUUUUGGAACUGAAUCACAAACACUGGGAAAGGUACCUUUCAAAGAAGCAAGGACAAUAGCUUUAAUAAACUCUUGUGGCACUGAACUGAAGAAAACAUAAUUUGAGAUCGUUGGACCUUUCCUUGCUUUUCUGCUAGAACACAAUAGUGCUGGACACUGAAUCAGACACCAGAAUGACUGCUUAUACUUGGUCUUCCAGUUGGUUUGUUCUAACUUCUUUUUUUUUUUUUUUUAAAGAUCACAGCAAUAAGCUCAAAGAGAGAGAAAUAAGCCAGUUGCUUUUUCUUGCAUUCAUUUCUGGUGUUACUAUUUAAAAUAUUUUCUUUCAUUGCUGCCAUAAUACCACCAUAACCAUUAAAGAGCAACACCAUUCUGAAACUG